AGUCGGUGUUGUGAGACGGUCUGUCCGAAUAUCUGUGCCUGGACAUUAUCUAUAUAUUUUCUAUGAGAGGCUGAAGACAUUUCUACCCGAACCGUGUUGAACAGUUUUUCACGGGUAGCCAAUGGCUACUUUCGUUACUGAGGAGUUAGCAGCAGUGGCCUCCCAAUAUGUGCUUGGCAUUGAUGAGGGAAUGCUGAGUGUACUUCGUUUUGCUUCCAUUUACCAGACUACAGUAUGAGGGACAGACGAGAGAGAGAGAGAGACAACAGAGAACGUUUCCAGCGGGUGGAAGAGCAUCAGUAGUCAUACGCUGAAAAACAGAAAGAGAAGGUUACCCGCACGGCUCGCUCAGUUCGACCAAGAAGAGGCGCAUGCGGUCCACUUGGGGGCCCCAAAGAGGGAGUACAGAUGUGAGCUGCAUCGUGCUUUACGGAGACUUCCCGGAUUGUAGCGCGUCAGUACCCGACUUCAAGACCUCAUAGGCGGACAGAGACACGCUCCUGAGCGGAUGACGACGAGGAAGACAAUUUGGAGUGGCUAAUUAACCUAGCAUGUUUUUGGAAUGUGGGAGGAAACCGGGAAGAACAUGGAAACUCCACACAGAGAUGGCCGAGGAUGCUGCCGCCAUAUCUUCCGUGUCAUGGCCGACCACAGCUUCUUCCUGCGCCACCUCAGCCAUGUUGGGACCACAGGGACAAUAGGACGCACUCAAGUGAGCUGCAAGACACAAGACGGGAAGGACGAAGCCUCCCUAGGGGAUGAGACUCCAUAGGUCAUAUCAGUGUCUGCGGCUCCGGGAUCGUUGACUGGCUUGGCUGCGUGUUGGGUCAGGAUGGCGCAUGGAGGACCUCCGCUUGAUCACAUCCUGCAGGACCUCAAGCAGCGCUUCCCUGAGAUCCCAGAAGGGGUCGUGUCGCAAUGCCUUCUGCAGAACAACAAUAACCUAGAGCUCUGCUGCCACCUGCUGGCCCUGGAGAGUAAUAGAUACCUCUACGGGGAGUACCAUCACAGUCCAGAGGAGGGGCGUCUGAGUCGGAAUCACAUGCUGCACAUUAACCUUGGCUACCAGGGCUCAGAAGCAAGCAAGCCAAACGGAGGAGCGGCGGCGGCGGCGGCGGCGGCGGCGGCAGGAGGACGCUCCCUGGUUCACAGCACGAGUGACAGCCACAUAGAUCCCCAGAGACCCAACUACCCGGAGCCGCUGUCGGCCCCUGCCACCAUGGCUCCCUCCCCGGGCUAUAAUCCUUUUUUCACGCACGAGCAGAGCCGUUCUGCUAGCACUCCCACUCCUCCGCCAGUCCAGGGUAUGUCCCCCACGUUCUCCCCCGUCUCGCGCUACACCAUGAACCCUAUCACGGUUACGCUUUCGCAAAGUAUACCCAAUGCCCCCCAGGCGCUGCAGAUACCCCCUGGUCACUAUGCUAACAGCAGCAACACCCUUUACAUGCGGCCCUCGCCCUCGCAGAGUCCGCAGCCGUCGCCAUGGUCGUCCUCGGGCACCACAGUCUACCCCCAUCAGCAGUCCCCCUACAGCACCCCCACUUUUGGCUCGCCUUACAGUUCCCCCCAGCAUCAGGCGCAGCCUCAGCCGCCCUCCCAGCACCAGCAGUACGUCUUUCUCCCCAUUAACUCGCCCACCCUUCCCAGCUUGACCUACCAUCACCAGCAGCAGCCCCCGCAGCAGCCCCCCGUCUACAGGCCCUACCACUCAAAGAGCUCCCUCAAGAACCAGUUGGAGAUCACCCUGGAAGGACCACGGCCUCGCAGCAACUCCCCCGUGCACACCCCCCACCCCCAGGGAUCCCUGUACAUGGCCACCAGUCCCUCACCCAGCUCCCCCUCCAGGGGCGUCGCAAUGAGCGGCGCUCUGGGACCCACAGCCUUCCACCCGGGAAAGUACUUGCAUCAGGGUCCCGUCCGGCCUCGCCCCGCCUCCUCGCCGCAGCCGGGCCAGUCGGCGUACACCUUUAAAAUCAAAGUGUCCCCCGGAGGGCAGGCCCAGAGACCACCCGGCUCGCCUCCCGUGGCAGAGGCCGAGUCGCUUCUCAACAUGGUUGACCAGGGGGAGAACAGUGCCGCCCCCCCGCCCAUCCUGCCCAUCUCCGCCCUGCCGGGGAACGUAGCCAGUCAGUUUCAGAAGACGCACCGACGAUCAAGCUCAGGCUCCGACGACUACGCCUACACUCAAGCUCUCCUGCUCCACCAGCGGGCCAGGAUGGAGUGCCUUCUGAAGGAGCUGCUGAUGGAGAGGCAGAAGCUGGAGCAGUUGAAGUCGGACGUCAACAACAUGGAAUACGAUGCCCUACAGAGACGCUUUCGACGCGUCAACUCCACCAGUUUUAUACCCAGACCUGAGGAGAUGACUCGAUUGCGGAGCCUUAACAGACAGCUUCAGAUUGAUAUCGACUGCACCCUGAAGGAGACGGAUCUACUGCAGUCCAGAGGGAAGUUCGACCCGCAGGCGAUGAACAACUUCUACGACAACAUUCAACCUGGCCCAGUGGUGCCACCAAAACCAGGAAGGAAAGACGGGGACCAUAGCUCCAAGCCAGCGGCGGUGCCUCAGAGGGACGAGGACUUUGAAGGUGCCCAGUGGAGCUGUGACAGCUGCACCUUCCUCAACCACCCUGCUCUCAACCGCUGUGAACAAUGCGAAAUGCCGCGCUACACCUGAGCUUCAAAUCCCGCCCGGGUCCCACCCCCGUCCCCUUAGCAAUCCUUGGAUAGCCCUCUAGAAUCUGGGAGGGUCUAGAGGAUGUCGCCUGUCAAUCAAUAUUUAAGACCCUUUUACCUGCUGAGGAAGAGCCACCACCCCUCCCUGGUCACUCGUCAUGCUCUUAUCUGCUACUUCCGUGCACUUUGAUUUUAAAACCCCCCCACCCCCCACCCAGGGGGGCUCGGCGACUCCAGUGGUUUAAUAUAUUACAGACUAAGAAGCUCACACUUUGGCAGUGGGUGUCACGGGGACUCAGAAAGGUCAAAUUAAGCAAAAGGGCGGCGCAGGAAGCGUUGCGCUUCACCUGCCAAAGCACGUGAGUAUGAGGCGCUGUGGUUUACCUGCAAACAUUCCAUGCAGAAAGACUGACUGCCCUGUUUACGCAACUGCAUCCAUUCCCGCUCUCAAAUCCAGGAACGCUAUCUUAUUUCUCCCUCUCCCUCUCCUUGUCCCUGUCUGGCUGACAGUGUCGUAGUGGAAGGUAUGCAAGGUCUGACUAAUGCAAACGUAGACUCUACACUGUAUUUGGCUCUGUGGGGAAGAAGGAAACGUGCACUUUUGGGGGAAUUUCACCUUACGUAGAGACAUGAACACCUGUCUUUCUCUUUUCUGUAUGUUCCAGAGCUUUAAAAAGAGGCAGCUAAGAAUGCAUGCAGUGGGACACACCUAUUCCACCUAUAAAGAACGAAAAAAACUACAAAAUGUGCAAACAGAUCCAUUUCCAUAAUUCAUUCAUUUUUCCUCACGAGGGUCGCGGGGGUGCUGGAGCCUAUCCCAGCUGUCUUCAGGCGAGAGGUGGGGUACACCCUGGACUGGUGGCCAGCCAAUCCCAGGGCACAUAUAGACAAACAACCAUUCACACUCACAUUCAUACCUAUGGACAAUUUGGAGUCACAUGUUUUUGGAAUGUGGGAGGAAACCGGAGUACCCGGACAUAACCCACGAGGAGAACAUGCAAACUCCACACAGAGAUGGCCGAGGCUGGAAUUGAACUCGGGUCUCCUAGCUGUGAAGCCUGUGUGCUAACCACUUGUCCGCUGUGCAGCCCUGGUUCAGUAUAUUUGUCAUCAAAAUAGUAGUCAUGCCAAAAUGUUGUGUUGCUGCUGGAUGUUCACAGUAUCCGAGUGAUACUGUUGUGGGGGUGCUGGAGCCUAUCCCAGCUGUCUUUGGGGCGAGAGGCAGGGUACACCCUGGACUGGUGGCCAGCCAAUCACAGGGCGCAUAUAGACAAACAACCAUUCACACUCACAUUCAUACCUAUGGACAAUUUGGAGUCACAUGUUUUUGGAAUGUGGGAGGAAACCGGAGUACCCGGACACAACCCGAGGGUGGAAUUGAACUCGGGUCUCCAAGCUGUGAAGCCUGUUUACUAACCACUCAUCCACUGUGCAGCCCUGGUUCAGUAUAUUUUUCAUCAAAAUAGUAGUCAUGCCAAAAUGUUGUGUUGCUGCUGGAUGUUCACAGUAUCCGAGUGAUACUGUCGUGGGGGUGCUGGAGCCUAUCCCAGCUGUCUUGGGGCGAGAGGCGGGGUACACCCUGAACUGGUGGCCAGCCAAUCAGAUAACACAUAUAGACAAACAACCAUUCACACUCACAUUCAUAGCUAUGGACAAUUAGGAGUGGCUAAUUAACCUAGCAUGUUUUUGGAAUGUGGGAGGAAACCGGAGUACCCGGAGAAAACCCACGCAUGCACGGGGAGAACAUGCAAACUGAUGGCCGAGGGUGGAAUUGAACUCUGGUUUCCUAGCUGUGAGGUCUGCGUGCUAACCACUCGACCGCCGUGCCGCCCUAUUUCCAAAAUGUGACUUGCAUAUUAUUAUUAUUUAAAUUGUUACGCCCAAGAACUACGUUACUGACGUAGUGACACAUUGCUACACCACACCGGCUAGCAAUUAGCUUCACCACACACACACUCACUGUACUUCAGGCUACUAGCAAAAGGUAAGCUGCUGUUUUUGUAUUCAAGUAUGGAAAAAGUUGAAGCGUCGCUAUGGGAAAUCAAAGGAAGUUCCCAAAAUACUGUAAGUAUUAGAUGUUAUAAUGAAUGUACCUGUUACUACUUGCUCAUAGUAUGGAUAGAAAACCUCCUUGGAGGUGUUUUAGAGGCAAAAUAGGUGUGUCCUAUUCUGUGUAUUAAUUAGCUGCCUCGUUUCUAUCUUUACAAUGCACAGGAAAGAGAAAAGAUGUUUGUGUAUUACAUAAGCAUUGUGGCUAAAGGUGAAAGGUGAAAUUCCCAAAAAGUGCAUUUUUUUUUCUUAAGAGCUGACAAAAAGAACACUAAAAAAAAACCCUGCAUAGGAGUAUAUUCCUGGUACUUUUAUGCGUAUCAUGUCACCCUGUAUUACGUGAUGAAAUGGUUUCCUGUGCGAAUGCCUCAACUUGCUGUACUUAAUAAAGGAGCGGAUUCUACGUGACGUGACGUGACGUGACGUGACGUGACCGCGCUCGGAAGGCGUGUCUUGAGUAUGCUAGCUACAGGAGCGUAGUUCUCCUCGCCUCCUCCCUGGUACGGAUUACGUUCAUCUUACGGUAAGGGAUGCACCAUGCUGGGAAUUUACCAUUCUCCGGAAUGAUGAUGUUCUUGUCUGGUGCUGCUCCCAGAUGUUCUUCAUGGCAGGUCCCGGAAGAGUGGAAAUAAUCCAUCAAAUCCAAGUCCGUAGGCUGCAUCACUGGACGCUACAGUUAUGAACAUAAUCAAUACGAGUCAAAAGGAAGUCAAAUGAAUUCCUGCUGAUGAGCCUCACCGGCCAGGGCGAGGUGGCUCCAUCACCCUGGUAGGCCACGUUUGUGAUGCAGCUCGUUCAUUUAGGAAUUUUUCUUUUCGGCCACUGUUUUGACAUGCCUUCAGCUUGUCAAAUUAAUUAAAAUAAGUAUUUAUUUUUUUUAAUAUAGUCAACUUUCCAUAGGAAUUACUGAUAGUUUUAUUAGUUUUUAUGCGUGUUGUCCAUCACAUAACAGCCACCACCAGCCCCUGAGCAUGUCAAUUGAUUAUUAUCAGGAUGCUGGUUCGAUCCUCAGUCCUCGUGUAAUCACAUUAUUCUCCAUUUCAAAUUAUGUAGCUAUAAUGUAACAAAAUAAUGGAAAAAAAUAAAAUAAAAAAUGGCAAUUAUUUUCCAAGAAUAAAGUCAAAAUAUUCAGAAAAAAUACAU